CGCUCACCGGAAGUGCUCUGUUUCUCGACGUUGAUCCACAAGCAGCAGCACCUGAAGGUUGACAGACUGUCCGGCUGUCCUGUUGUUGUUGUUGUUGUUGUUGUUGUUGCUGUGAAACUCUGACCAUCAGACUGACAGCAGCUACAGGUCCUCAGCAGCAUCAUGGCGUUUGAAGGCCCUGUGAUGAAUGGCGACAUAACUCGCUCUCACACUGAGUGCGGCACACAGGAGGAAACCCUGACGCAGAUGAACAAGCUCAUCCAGGAGAACCGGGACCUGAAAGAGGCCCUGCAGCAGACCAACAUGACGAUGAAGGAGCGUUUUGAGGGUCUGUCAGCGUGGCGGGAGAAGCAGAAGGAGGAACGGAGCUUCCUGGAGUGCAAGCUGGAGGAAGCUCGAGGGCGCAUGGAGGCGCUGAUAGUCCAAAACCAGGAGCAGGAGGCGGGGGGGGCAGGAGGUGGUCUGCUGGCUGCGUCGUCCAAUCACAGUGCGGAGCUGGACGCCCUGCGUGCCCAGGUUGCUCGCCUGCAGGCAGAGAAGAACGACCUGGUGGCCAUGAACUCUGAGCUGCAGCUGAAGGCCGAGCAGGACUCGCAGGACUCCUUCAUCGAGGUCUUCAACGUGUCCGAUGGAGGUGUGGACGGCGUGAACAGUGUGUGUGGUUUGGAGCGCAGCAGACACUCGGAGCUGAGCAUGACGGGGUCCCGGCUGGAGGGCGAGGAGACCACCGUCAGCCAGCUGCUGCAGUCUCUGAGGGACGAGACGCAGCACGCCGAGGGGCUAAGGACCCAGCUGCAAUCUGCCGCCGCCAGAAUAAAGGAGCUGGAGGAGAGGAAGUCUAUUGUGGAUGAAUCAACACAGACCACCCAAGCAGAGCCCACAGAGCCCAAGCAGGAUUCUGGGAAAGAAGAAAAGGCAGCAUCUGAGGUGGAGAACAUGAAGUCUCAGAUGAUGACGCUGUUCAAAGAACUGCAGCAUGCCCAGUCCAAGCUCGAUGAAGCAGAAGGCAUGAAGAAGAACCUGCAGGACCGAUGUCGGGAGGUGGAACAGGAUGUUGUCACUCUGAAGGCUCAGCUGGCCGACAAACAGGAAGUGCUUUCUGUCAACGAGCGGCUGAAGCUGCAGGUGGACAGCAUGCAGGCUCAGAACCUGAUGGAGCAGAGGAAGACUGAAGAGGAGAGGAACAACAUGGCCCUUCUGAAGGAUGCCUACACCAAGCUGUUUGAAGACUACGAUGAACUCAAAGAGGAGAAGAAGAAGAGAGAGUCUGUGCUGGUGGCGAAGGAGGUGGCGGAGCAGCUGCAGGAACGUCUGACUGCCGCCGAAGAGGCCCUGGCUGCUAAACAGAACCACAUCGAUGACAUGAAGCAGGAAAUGUUCAAGAAGGAGGAGGAGCUGGGGACCAUUUCCGUGUUCAAGGCUCAGGCUGAGGUCUACUCCUCGGACUUCUACGCAGAGCGGGAAGCGAGGGAGAAACUCCACGAGGAGAGGGAGCGUCUGGCUGCCCAGCUGGAGUAUGUGAAGAAGCAGAACAACCAGCUGCAGGACGAGAUGGACUCGAUGGGCCGGCGCUCGCUGACCGAGAUGCAGCAGAGACAUGUGUCACUGGGAGGAAGUCCACACGGAGCCGGAGCCUCUCUGGUUGGGAGAGGAACUGACUGGCAUCAUCAGGGGAAUAUUCCCGAACACGCCUGUCCGAAGUGCAAUGAGGUCCUGCCAGACCUGGACUCCCUGCAGAUCCACAUCAUGGACUGCAUCAUCUAGAAAACCACCAUUACAAGCUUCAACAACAAUAAUCUGAGACUUCCUCUUCUUUAUCUGUACCUCUGUACAUCUGGUAUAGCAACACAACUUCAUUUAAAUAUAAUUGAGGAUUGCUUAUAAAAAUGUGGACAAUAACAAAAUACUGGGUUUUCUUUUUCUUUUGUUAUUUGACUGGAACCAAGCUGUAGAUGAACAGUUCAAACCCUUUGAUACGAUUUGAGCAAUGAGCUGUCUGUCAUGCACACUUAAAAUAAAUUCAGCCUUUACAGUUGUUAUUGGUUAACCAAUUAUUUGGUUGCAGAAUGCUAUUUUUUUGUAUUGUCUUGAAAUUCCUAAUCUUUGUUUCCUUUGAGAAGACAUUUUAGCUAAUGGUUGUUGGUGGUGGUGGUGGUGGUGGGAAAGACAGCACAAAACAUGUAGGCACUUUAUUAUAAAGAAAAUAUACGAGGUAUUUUAUUUUGACUCAGUGUAAAUUAAAAUGCAAUGUAUUUAACUUGUUAAUCAGCCUAUCACUGUGUAUGGUAGCUUUUAUAUGUCUAUAAGCAGGAGGCAUCAAUACCCUGCUGAUUAUAGGAGAAAUUCUGAUUCUGUUGUAAUUCUCUGAAAUAAAAAGAUCUGCUAAUU